AUGGCCAAGAGCAGCUCCCUGAAUGUCCGCGUCGUGGAGGGCCGGGCGCUGCCCGCCAAGGACGUGUCUGGGAGCAGUGACCCCUACUGCAUAGUGAAAGUGGACGAUGAAGUGGUGGCCAGGACAGCAACCAUCUGGCGAAGCCUGAGCCCCUUCUGGGGGGAGGAGUACACAGUGCACCUGCCCCUGGAUUUCCACCAUCUGGCCUUCUAUGUGCUGGACGAGGAUACCGUGGGGCACGACGACAUCAUAGGCAAGAUCUCACUGAGCAGGGAGGCCAUUGCAGCUGACCCCCGAGGAAUUGAUAGCUGGAUCAACCUGAGCCAUGUGGACCCUGAUGCAGAGGUGCAGGGUGAGAUCUGCCUGGCUGUGCAGAUGCUGGAGGAUGUGAGGGGCCGUUGUCUUCGCUGUCACGUGCUCCAGGCCAGGGACCUGGCCCCCCGAGACAUCUCCGGCACAUCUGACCCAUUUGCACGUGUGUUUUGGGGCAGCCAGAGCUUGGAGACUUCGACCAUCAAGAAGACUCGCUUCCCACACUGGGAUGAGGUGCUGGAGCUGCGGGAGAUGCCAGGUCCCCCAUCCCCACUGCGGGUGGAGCUCUGGGACUGGGACAUGGUUGGCAAGAAUGACUUCUUGGGCAUGGUGGAGUUCCCCCCGCAGGUCCUACAGCAGAACCCGCCCAAUGGCUGGUUCCACCUCCUGCCCUUUCCCAGAGCGGAGGAGGAUUCUGGGGGGAGCCUGGGUGCUCUGCGGCUGAAGGUGCGCCUGACCGAGGACCGCGUCCUGCCCUCCCAGUACUACCAGCCACUCAGGGAGUUGCUCAUGGAGUCUGUGCUGGGGCCGGCAGAGGAAGAUGCUGCCAGCCCCCUGGCUGUCCUGGAGGAGCUGACCUCGGGGGACUGCCGCCAGGAGCUUGCCACCAAGCUGGUGAAGCUCUUUCUUGGCCAGGGCCUGGCUGGGCCCUUUCUGGACUAUCUCACCCGGCGUGAGGUGGCACGGACCACUGACCCCAACACCCUCUUCCGUUCUAACUCCCUGGCAUCCAAGUCAAUGGAACAGUUUCUGAAGCUCGUGGGCAUGCCCUACCUGCACGAGGUCCUGAGGCCGGCGAUUAACCGCGUCUUCGAGGAGAAGAGGUACAUGGAGCUGGACCCGUGCAAGAUGGGCCUGGGCCGCACCAGGAGAAUCUCCUUCAAGGGUGUGCCCUCCGAGGAGCACGUGCGGGAGGCCAGCCUGGGACUGCUGACGGGCUACCUAGGGCCCAUCAUGGAUACCAUUGUGGGCUCCGUGGGGCGCUGCCCGCUUGCCAUCCGUCUCGCCUUCAAGCAGCUGCGCCAGUGCGUGGAGGAGCGCUUUCCCCAGGCAGAGCACAAGGAUGUGAAGAACCUGGCCAUAAGUGGCUUUCUCUUCCUGCGAUUCUUCGCUCCUGCCAUCCUCACCCCGAAGCUGUUUGACCUUCGGGACCAGCACGCAGAUCCACAGACCAGCCGCUCACUGCUGCUGCUUGCCAAGGCUGUGCAGAGCAUUGGAAACCUGGGCCAGCAGCUGGGCCAGGGAAAGGAGCUGUGGAUGGCACCCCUACACCCCUUCCUGCUACAGAGUAUUUCGCGUGUGAGAGACUUCCUGGACCAGCUGGUGGAUGUGGAUGGGAAGGAGGAGCCUGGGGGCCCAGCCAGGGCCCCGGUCCCGCCCUCGGUGACUGUUCGAGAAGGCUACCUGCUCAAGCGCAAGGAAGAGCCCGCCGGCCUGGCCACACGCUUUGCGUUCAAGAAGUUCUACUUCCGGCUCAGCGGGGAGAUGCUCUCCUGCUCCAGGAGUCCUGAGCGUCAGACGCGAUCCUCCAUGCCGGUGUCGCACAUCCGCGCCGUGGAGCGCGUGGACGAGGGCGCCUUCCAGCUGCCGCACGUGAUGCAGGUGGUGACGCAGGACGGCGCGGGAGCGCUGCACACCACCUACCUCCAGUGCAAGAACGUGAACGAGCUCAACCAGUGGCUAUCGGCCCUGCGCAAGGCCAGCGCCCCCAAUCCGGACAAGCUGGCCGCCUGGCACCCCGGUGCGUUCCGCAGCGCGCACUGGACCUGCUGCCUCCAGGCCGAGCGCUCAGCUGCCGGUUGCAGCCGCACACACUCAGCCGUCACCCUGGGGGACUGGAGUGACCCUCUGGAUCCCGAUGCUGAGACCCAAAUGGUGUAUCGGCAGUUGCUUCUAGGGCGGGACCGGCUCAGGAUGAAAUUCCUGGAGGGUUCCACCCUGGAUACGACUCCCGAGGCAGACACAGAGAAGGGCUCCAGUGCCACAGAAGGGGCCUGUGCUGAUGCCCUGGCUCACCAGAGAGAGGCAGCUGCCCGUCUGCUGGAGGUGCUUGCAGACCUGGAUCAAGCCCACGAGGAGUUCCAGUCUCAGGAGCAGCGGAAGGUGGCCCCAGGCCCCCUGAGGCCCUGA